AUGGCAGUUACCGAGCUUGCUCUCCUUCAUCUCAAAAACAACGACGCCAUCACUGCAGCGUCAAAUUCGGCAGUACUAUCCAAAUUGCGAACCGCAAUCGCUGCCCAGGCUUCACACGCAAAAUACCCUGUUUACCUUUUCAGUCAGGUUGAAGAUCUGUCUUAUAUCUAUAUUCUUGGUGGCUGGAGUUCUAUCGCCGCACAUGUGAACGACUGGAUUCCUUCGGCCUCUAACCAGGAAGCCAUGGCCUCAUUAGCUGACGCGGUCGAUGUUGUUUGGUUGCAGCACCUGGAACUGGAUCCAAAAACUGCUAAGAUCCCCCUGGAUGCACCAAUCAUAGCUAUUGGCCGCUACUUUAUUUCCAAUUCCAACAAGGUCGGGUAUGAGAAGACAUUUUCUGAGACGAGGCAACAUCUGGAGGCAUAUUCUGCUCCAAGAUCGCUCGAUGGAGGGUGGCGAUUAGAUAUUGAAGAGGCCGGAAAAGAAGAAUUCGUGUUGUUUAGCGGGUGGACGGCAGUAGAAGACCAUUUCAAAUUUGCCGAGUCGGAGGGAUUCAAGGAAUUUGGCAGAAUUAAGGAUUUCAUGGAAGGUGCCGAAAUCAAGCACGUCACGCUAUGUGAAAGCGCCUAA